AUGCCGGAGGCUAUGAGCUUCGAGGAUGCGGCACCGCUACCAAUGGUGUUCACUGCCGGGGGCGUCGGGCAGGCAACACUUAUGCUGGCUAAGCACUCGGGCGCCGGAGAGAUCUACGUCACCGUCGGCUCCCAAGAGAAGCGAGAGUUUAUCAAACGUGAGUAUGGUAUCCCUGGUAAACACAUUUUUAGCAAUCGCAACGCAUCAUUUGCCAUGGCCAUCUUUCUACUCGAUAUGGAGGCAUUCUCCCGUGUUGCAUCAGACGGCUCUUUAGAUAUGAUGACCCUCCUGAGACAUCGUCGAAGCGAUAUACAUCAUAUCCUCUCCGAAAUCUCCCGGCCUGUUCAGGCGCAGGUGCUGGCGCCCGCCCGCCCUGUUAUCGCGUACUCGAUGUCAGACACUGCCAAAGCGUUCCGUCUUCUACAGACCGGCAAUCAUACGGGCAAGAUUGUACUGUCAACUGGGCCUGGCGACGAGGUUGACGUUCUUCCAUGUGUGGCUGCCACUACUCGGCUGAGGUCUGAUGUGUCGUAUCUACAUGUGGGCGGCGCUGGUGGACUAGGACGCUCCAUUGCCCACUGGCUCAUCGACCACGGGGCUAAAAACUUGACGCUGUUAUCACGUAGUGCUGAAAAGAGCAGUGGAUUUGUAGCCGAGCUCGUUCAGCCGAAGCUUUACGGCACUCGAAACCUACACGUGCAGUGGUCCCAACCCGACUCACUCGACUUCAUCAUGCUUUUGUCCUUUUCGGGUAUCCUUGACAACGCCUAUCAGGACGCAAUAGCGCACUGGCGCCAGGCUCGCGGGCUUCCCUGCGUAUCGAUCGACCUGGGCGCUGUAGCGGGUGUUGGGUAUGUGGCUGAGACAGCAGAUGCGGCCGAUCUCCUGUGUAUGACAAAUGAGACCUUGAUGGUAGUAGAGGCUGCCGUCCAGCAAGCGCUCCAAGCAGCCAUCGCCCACCCGAUGGAUCACCCGCAGAUCCUCCUAGGGCUUAAUACGGGCCCUGCCCCGCAAUGGAACCCGCAGGGCAAGUCGCAGAUGUCUCGCGAUGCGCGCUCUAUGGCGUUGAAAUACAGAGACCAUUGUAGUCAAGGGUCUGGCUUGCAGAAGGAUGCAAGCGCGGAUGGGUCGAGGGAGCAGACUCUGUCGCAUAAAUCAGCGGGUGCAGAAUCGCGCGACACUGCGGCAGAGCUCGUCAACGAAGCUAUUGCUGCCAAGCUAGCGAGUAUCUUCAUGCUUCCCGCCAGCGAUGUCGACUUAGCGCAGCCCCCAGCACAAUGUGGUAUCGACUCGCUUGUCGCCGUGGAGCUGCGUAAUAUGCUUAUGUUGCAAGCUGCGGUCGAAGUUUCUUUUACUAUCAUGCAAAGCGUGUCAUUGACAGUUUUGGCAUUGGAUGUAGUAAUGAAAAGUAGGUAA